UCAGCCUCGCGGCGAGAGCACUCGCGGCUACGUGUUCUCCUGCGUGCAGAAACUCUCCAGCAGAAACUCCACCGAAGGCUGCGGGACGAGAUAAGAGAACCGCCCCCCCCCCACCACCACCACCACCACCACCGCGCGGGACACCCACUGGGAAGAGUUGAGGAAACAUGACAGCCAGGGAGCCGCGCGGCAUGCUGCGGGAAGCUUCUCACCAGAUCAUCGCCGGUGGAUCAGCCGGUCUGGUAGAGAUCUGCUUGAUGCAUCCCCUCGAUGUAGUGAAGACGAGGUUCCAGAUCCAAAGGGGAACCAGUGACCCCAACAGCUACAAGAGCCUCGGGGAUUGCUUCCGCACCAUCUUCCGCAACGAGGGAAUCUCUGGUUUCUACAAAGGGAUCCUUCCUCCGAUUGUGGCGGAGACGCCAAAGAGAGCCGUCAAGUUUUUCACUUUCGAGCAAUACAAGAAGUUGCUGAAUCUCACCCCUUUGUCUCCUGGUUUGGCGCUGUCCGUGGCGGGGCUCGGCGCAGGCUUGACGGAGGCCGUUGUCGUCAAUCCGUUCGAAGUGGUGAAAGUCAGCCUGCAGGCCAACAGAGACUCCUUCGCCGAGCAACCCUCUUCAUUCGCUCAAGCGAGGCGCAUCAUUAAUUCGGAAGGUUUUGGACUGAGGGGUCUGAACAAAGGACUAACAUCCACCCUGGGACGCCAUGGAGUUUUCAACAUGAUCUACUUCGGCUUCUACUUCAACGUCAAGGACGCUAUUCCUAGCAGCCCGGACCCCACCCUGGAGUUCUUGAGGAAGUUUGCCAUUGGCCUGGUGUCAGGGACCAUUUCCUCCUGCGUGAACAUUCCCUUCGACGUGGCCAAGAGCCGCAUCCAGGGCCCCCAGCCGGUGCCCGGAGAGAUCAAGUACCGCACCUGCUUCCAGUCCAUGGCCCUGGUGUACCGGGAGGAGGGGUACUUGGCACUGUACAAGGGGUUGGUGCCCAAGAUAAUGAGGCUCGGACCAGGUGGAGCUGUGAUGCUGCUGGUCUAUGAAUAUGUGUCCGGAUGGCUACAGAAGAACUGGUAGCCCAAAAAACUAAAAGAAAUCACAGCAUAAAAAAACCAAGAGAGUGCCUUAUGGCUUGUGCCUCAUUUCCAGGAACGUUAAGUGAUUUUAAGUAACCUCAGACCAAAUACGUCCUUCAUUUUUACCUUGAAUUUACAACACUGCUCUGCAAAAAAACAAAAAACAUCAGCCUUACCAAUGACUACAAUGUCAUUUGCUUCUUCUUUUCGUGAUAAGGAACUUUUUUAAGGAAUUAAAAACAGCCGUAAUAUUUCAAAAUUGACCAGUAGUUUUUAAAAUAGAAAACUGUUUUUUAACAGUGGAUUAAAGGCCCCCCAAAACCUGUUUUCUCAAUCAACUUCUUACUAUGAGUAAUGUGGUCCUACUUCAUCGUGCCUUUUGUGCUCCUCUCACUGAUUAGAGGUGGACGGUGACAGUAUUUUGCCUGAUUAACCUAAACAGCCGUGAAGAAUCAAACAAUACCUUUCAGUUAAACUCUUCAAGGAUAAUAACUAAGCACACUUUUAUGAAGUAGCUUCUUUUGUCAUAAAUACUUUUGUAAAAUAUUUUCAAUGGUCAUAAUGUCAAGCUUCAAGUUAAAUGAAACACCAAGAAUGUACUCAGUCAUGAUUACAAAAUACCAAAACUAAGCUCUAUAGCACUCGAGUAUCACAGUGAAGGUACACAGGUAUGCAUCUACACAUAAUGACUGUACAGAUAGUACAUGGGCUGUAUGCAGAUACUAACACAUACCAAGUUUAGAUGAGUCUCACUUUGACUCUUGGUGACUUGGUGGAUCAUUCAUAUCUAUGAAACAUAUCUAGGGAUAUUAAGAUAUAUUACUACUAUUAUUAUGUAAUAGCAAUACAAACUGCAUUUAAAGUCGCAGCAGAACACGGCCUAUCGACUCUCAAGCAUAGUAUUUGUGUAUGUACACAUCAUCGUAUACAUCUUAAAUAAAGGGGGAUCACAGCCAUAAGACUUGCUGUCUAGCUUAAAUAGUGCCUGACGGUUCUUAAUAAGAAUCACUAUAAGAAUUUUUAUGAACUGUAUUGAUAUGGCCUAUUGCGGAUGUUUUUUUAUUAAGAUCUUUUUGCAUGAGGGAUUUUUUAUGGACCUCCUUUGAAUCGCAAUAUGAAACCUAAAAAUUGUUAAUUUGACUUUUAUCUCAAUGUAGCUUUUGUGACACGUUACUCGUAUGUAUCAGCAACAAAUAAAAGAAGAAGCAUUUAAAACUCC